AGAGAGCACUGCGGCUCUGCAAGGGAGGACCAUGGAGAUUCUCAGCAUUCAGCAAUUGGUAAGUGAGGAACGUCCCGAAGAGAAAGUCGGCUGUUUUGCAGCACGGACGAGAGGCACAGCCUGGGAGUCUGAACGCUGGCGCUCUGGCCCGGCUGGGCCCUGGUGGGAAUCGGUGGAAAGAGAGAAGCAGAAAGCAGAAGACGAGAAGAAGAAAAAACUUGAGGCUCUCAAUAAUGCCAGGUUGAAGAUCGACACCUUGGAAGACUUGGCGGCCAUUGUCAAGCAUCACAAGCAGAAGAAGAAGAAGAAGUGUAAGAAAGUGGUCCUCCCCAAACUGCAGGAGCCAGAAAUCAUCAUCGAAUCGGUGGCGCCAGAGCAGUUUCUUGAUGCCGCGCUGGAGAACCGGAUCCUUGUGAUCGAUAAAUACCUGGCCGAUGGAGGAGACCCCAAUACCCAUGACAAGUUCAAAUGCACAGCCCUGCACCUAGCCUGUUUGCGGGGCCACAAGGAGAUCGUGGACAAGCUGCUGGAAGCGGGGGCCAAACUGGAGCCAAGGGACAUGCUGGAAGCCACCCCCUUGUUCUGGACUUGCCGCGGGGGACAUCUGGACAUCCUCAAGGGGUUGAUCAGCCGCGGAGCCAAAAUUUCCACCCGGGACAAGCUAUGGAGCACCCCUUUGCACGUGGCAGUCCGUACCGGCCACUCUGACUGCGCUGAACAUCUCAUUGCCUGUGGAGCAAAGAUCAACGCCCAGGAUAAGGAAGGAGAUACACCUAUUCACGACGCAGUCAGGCUAGGACGAUUCCAGGCGGUGAAGACCUUGUUGAUGUACGGGGCAAAUCUUAGCAUCCAGAAUGAGGAGGCGGUCACCCCAGUAGACCUGGUGAAGGACUGGCAGACAGGCAUCCGGGAAACGCUUCAAAUGUGCGCCAACCGGCAGCAAGGCCUAGCCAGGAGCCGCUGAGUGUGUGUUUGGGGAGGGCAGGGGGCUUGAAGUAAUGGGGUGUUGACUCUACAAGCCUCCCCCACCCUGUGACCAACUCACCAUCCUUGUCCCCCUUUUUUUUUUGCACCAAACUGGGCAGAUCUCUUGGACCCCUUUCAACAGUAAUAACAAUCCUGGGCUUCUUGCAUCCCCAGCUGAUGUGGGGCAACCGUCUGGGCUCUUAAGGCAGUGGUGGCCAACCGGUAGGCCGGGGGCCACUGGCGGGCCGCGAGAAUAUUUUGGUGGUCCGCAGAGAAAUGUUCUCCCAGGAAAGCAAUUAAUCCAGGCUGUGCGGGAACACAAGGCUGCCCACAUGGCCUGCCCACCCGUUGGCCGAGCGCAAACUUUGAGUAGAGCCACGCGAGCUGAAACUGGGAGGUGAGACCGACGGCCGGGGAGGGAAAUCCGCCCCGGGUGUGGCUUGCUGACGUUGGUGGGAAAGUCGGUCCCAUAUUCCAGAGCUGCCAGUAGCCACAGGACUGGCCCUCUGGUCAUCCCGGAGCAGCUCCUCCAGUCCGUGGGAGGCCGGUGUACCCGGGUGGAGAAGCAGCUGCUCCGGGAUGACCAAAGGGCCAGUCCUGUGACUCCUGCAGCUCUGGAAUACGGGACCGACUUUCCCACCCACAUCAGCAAGCCACCAUCAGUCAACAUUCAUCUUAGUGGUCCGCGGGGUUUAAAAUGAUGCGUUUGGUGGUCCCUGAGGUCCAAAAGGUUGGCGCCCCCUGUUCUAAGGAGCUCCUGCAGCUUUGUCUCUCAAGGAGACAUUUUGUGCGUGUUAGCAAAACUGGGUAAGGGACAGGCACACUUGCAUUCCUCCUGGGUACCCAUAGAGGGCAGCCUGGUGAGGCUUUGGGCAAGAAGACAGCUCUGCCUUCCAGCCUCCAAAGUCCAGGGGGCUUAAGCAUCCCAGGAGCCAGAGGGCUGCAAGGAGAAAGGCCAGAGAGAGGGUGCGAGGUUCCCCUGCCCAACUCCAGAGGGCCAAAACGGACCAAAUCCAAGGAGCUACUCAUUCGGGGAGGUGCAGGGUUUUAGGGGACUGUCAAUGGCGGAGAGUUGAGCCCUGCCGCUGCCUCUCUGCUCCCCGGGUCGGUGCCGCUGGCUCAGCUGCUCCCCGGAUCUGCGGAGGAGCAAGCUCAAAUUUUAAGGGGAAGCAGAGGUGGCGCUCUCGCCUCACGAAAAUCAGGAGGCUGAGCGUUCAAUCCUAGACAGAGGCAGAUAUU